AUGGCAACCGCGAAGCCUCCGCAGACGGACUCGGCGUCGAAGGUCACCGAGAUCGACGCCCCCCUCGGUGCCAUCGGCUUCCAGAUCGAGGUCAUCUCCCCUUCCCUCGUCAGCGGCCGCUUCAACGUCUCCCCAAUCUGUUGCCAGGUAGGUUGUGUUAGGUGGUGAUGAUUAAUCAGUCUAGCCGUUCGCUACCCCUCCCCUCUCUUUUUCCUCUCUGACGGGAGGCGGGGAGAGAAUUUGGCAGCCCUUCAAGGUACUCCACGGGGGGAUAUCGGCGAUGGUGGCGGAGGCGCUGGCGAGCAUAGGAGCCCACGUGGCCUCGGGGUUCCGCCGCGUCGCCGGCGUGCAGCUCAGCAUCAACCACCACCGGCCGGCCUCGCUCGGCGACGACGUCCUCGCCGAGGCGCUCCCCAUCAGCAUCGGCAAGACCAUCCAGGUCCCCCCCCUCCUUCCUCGCAACUUAUCACCAUUCUAUCCUAUUCAUCUCUCACGCCGGCCGCGAGCCAGCGAAACAACGACGACACCACCCGUUCGCUGGCCAGCCCCGCCCUCUGUGAUGCCCAUCCCACAUCGUCGUCAAUUUGACUGGCCUGAGCUGAGCAGGUGUGGGAGGUGCGACUGUGGAAGAAGCUGCCGGAGGAGGGGGGAAAGGGGCCGCUUUUGGCGUCCUCCAGGGUGACGCUUGUGACCAACCUGCCAGUGCCGGAGGAGGCUCGGGGGGCCGCCGAUAAGCUACGGAAGCACGCCAAACUCUGA